GUUCAGGCAACACGUACAGCUACAAAACAAAUUCACAAUAAGUGUACUACAGCUUGUGGCAAACAAGCCGCUUUGGUGGAGAUUUUAGCGCCAGAAACUGCUAAAAGUAAGAAAAUAUCUACAAGCAAAAGGUAAUUACCUUAUUUUCUGUAGAUCAUAAAAACCAGUUGAAUUAAUUUUUGAUUCCUACCACAAGUCAUAAAUCAACACGAACAAAAGAAAUCUAUACACGAUACACGUGUUUUUUCCUUUUAUAAGCGAUGCCGGUUGAAAGCUUUUCUUUUUCGCUUCAGACCGCCAUCAGAUCAGUUGAAAUGGAAAUGGAAACCACAUCACCUAUGAACAACCACGUAAAUAAAGAUAGCAAUAAGGACGAGAAAAUGGAUGAAAUUCCCGCGGACGAAAUGACUUCCAGAGAUUACUAUUUCGAUUCUUAUGCACAUUUCGGCAUCCACGAAGAAAUGCUGAAAGACGAAGUAAGAACUUUAACUUAUCGAAACUCCAUGUACCACAAUAAACAUUUGUUUGCUGGCAAAGUGGUUAUGGACAUUGGCUGUGGUACAGGAAUCUUGAGCAUGUUUGCAGCUAAAGCUGGAGCAAAGAAGGUGUUAGCUAUUGAAUGUUCAAACAUUGUAGACUAUGCGAGAAAAAUAGUCGAGGCUAAUAAGUUGGAUCACAUCAUAACAAUCAUUAAAGGCAAAGUAGAAGAAGUUACUCUACCUGAUGGCAUAGAGAAGGUUGAUAUUAUUAUCUCGGAGUGGAUGGGUUACUGCUUGUUCUAUGAAAGUAUGCUGGAUACUGUACUAUUUGCCCGUGACAAAUGGCUGCAUGAAGAUGGCUUGUUAUUCCCAGACCGUUGCUCACUUUUCAUCACUGCCAUAGAAGAUCGUCAGUAUAAGGAUGAAAAGAUCAAUUGGUGGGAUGAUGUGUAUGGUUUUGACAUGAGUUCUAUCCGUAAAGUAGCUAUAAGUGAACCUUUGGUGGAUGUAGUAGAUCCAAAGCAGGUAGUUACAGGGCCAGCUCUUGUUAAGGAAGUAGAUUUGUACACAGUCAAAAAGGAAGAUUUAGAGUUUAGCUCACCAUUCACUUUAACUGUAAGAAGAAAUGAUUAUAUCCAGGCUUUGGUUACUUAUUUCACUGUAGAAUUCACAAAAUGUCAUAAACGUAUUGGAUUUACAACUGCGCCUGAUGCACCUUAUACUCAUUGGAAGCAGACAGUCUUUUAUUUUGAAGAUUACAUGACUGUUAAAAAAGGUGAAGAGAUUCAUGGUGUUUUUACAAUGAAACCAAAUCCGCGCAAUAAUAGAGACUUAGAUUUUGUAAUUGAGAUCAAUAUGAAGGGUGAACUAUGUGAAGUUCAUGAAACUAACAGAUAUCGCAUGCGUUGAUUUAAUUAAUCCUUUUAAAAGCUUAGUUUCCUCAUCAACUUUUGCCUGUAAUUGAUGAAUGAUUCAUGUAAACCGCCAGUCUCAGUACUCUAUUGGUGGUUCAAGUAAAUUAUAUUUUUGAAACAUACUUUUUACAGAUAGCACUCAGGUUGUGCCUGAAAUAAGAUAUUUUUAAUAUAACUUCCAUGCUAUGUUGUGUAAUUUUAUCAAUCUCUGUAAUGUGCCUCAUGGUAUUUAAAUUCAUAAAGUAAUAUUUUCAGCUACAAAAAAAAAACAGAUUGCCAGAUGGGGAUGUAGUUAUCAAGUUUAAAAUUUCCUUUUUUUUAUUAUAAUUGACAUCUAUUAUUGCUUAUUCUUAUCUGACUUCAUUGCAUCACAUGCAUCUGGUUUUCUGCUUUUAGAAACUAAUUUUCUUUGGAUCAUAUAUUUUUAAAUUUAGGUCUACACCAACAGGUUACUGAAGUCAAUACUCACAUUUACAGCUGCAAGCUUCUUUUUUAUAACAUGGAGGUUUUACAAAAAAAUCAUUGAAUAAAUACAAUGAGACACAAUUAUUGAUUGUAUUUAGUUUUAAGACAUACACCAUUAGAAAUAACUACAACUGUAUUUUGAUCUGUGAAUUUUUUAUUUACCUAAAUUAGGUCUAAAAUAUGUGAAAGUAUUUAUGAUG